CGAUUCAGAGAAAUCACGAUUUUUAAUUUUUCUUUUCUUUUUAGCUUAUCUCGAUGCAGGUAUGGGACCCGUUCAAACUGUUAAUUUUGUAACAGCUUUAAACGUACCAUGCAUCAGUCCAAAUAAUCUCAAAUCAAGGGAGAGAGAGAUUGGGAAAACAAUAGAAGAAUAUGCACGUACAUCUUGCAAGAAGGCUCUAGAGGAGGAAUAUCUAAUGAACAGAAAUGACAGAACGAACGAAGAAGAUACCCAAUUGAACAAAUCCCUGGAUGUUUCUUUUGAUGGAGGUUGGCAAAAGAGAGGCAGUGGAAGAAGCUAUAACAGCACAACUGGACAUGCUACAGUCAUUGGUAACGUGUCUGGAAAGUGUCUACACUUUGGAUUAAAAUCCACUGAUUGCCGGAAGUGCAAUUAUAUCGAUGAAAAGGGUGAUGCCAGAGAAGAACAUGACUGCCGACAAAAUUAUUUUGGAAGCUCGAAGGCAAUGGAACCAGCAUUAGCUGUUGAAAUGGUUAAGGACAUAGAGGAAAUGGGAUACAUGGUAAAUUCAUUGACAAUGGACGAUGACACCACUACAAUGGCAAGGCUGCGCCAAGAAGUUGACCAUGAUGUCAUUAAACGCAGUGAUUCCAACCAUUUUCGUAAAAACUUUACAGGAGAUCUCCUACAGUUGCACCAAAAACACAAAAGAAACAUAUCUACAUCUGUAACAGAUUAUUUUGUAAAGGACAUGCUGUACGUAAUUAAACAAAAUAAAGGGGAUGUUGAAAAUUUAAAGUUUACCAUUGAUGCCAUUGUACCACACGCAUUUGGAGACCACAGUCUGUGUUCCAGUUGGUGUGGUUACAUCAAAGAUCCGAUCGGAUACAGGCAUAAAAGUUUGCCACAUGGCAAGGAUUUAAAAGGAGAAGAAUUGCAACAAGAUAUUCAAACUGUAUUUUCAAAAUACAGUGAUAAUACUAACAAAUUGGCCAAUCUUGGUAGUUCCCAAAGCAACGAAUCACUGAACUACAUCAUUUCAACAAAAGCCCCAAAGUCGAAGCAUUUCGGUGGAAGUCAAUCGCUGGGAUAUCGAGUGGCUUCAGCUAUAUCUCAAAAGAAUGAGGGCCGUAACUAUGUCGUUGAGGUCAACAAAACUCACAGCCUAUCUCCUGGUAAAUUAACAUCUCAACAACGGGAACGUUUGAAUAGAAAGAUAAAGAGAGAAAAGGCAAAAGCUGCUACCCCAGCAUUUAAGAGAAAGCGGAGGGACAAAAAAGGAAGCAGAGUAAGAUCCGUUAGGUCGAAGGAAAUCAGAGAAGGCGAGAGUUAUAGGUCGGCUAUUUCAAGCAUAGAGGAAGAGAGUCCAGAUAUUGAAGAGAUCCCUUCACCAGCUGCCGAAAAUGAUGACAUUAAUCUACACUUAGGCAAUACGGCGACUGUUUUCUUUGAUUUGGAAACCACUGGUCUAGAUGGACUGUGUUCAGUGUAA